AUGGCAACGGCCUGGAGAAGCAGGCUCAGUUUCCGUGGGCGAUGGCCACUGCACCACCCCCAGUAUUACAGCUGCUACUAUCAGCUUCCAGAUCUUGUCAUGCUUUGUUGGCUCAUCAUCCUCGCCUCCUUUCUUGUGGAGGUAACUGGAGUAGAAGAAGCGAGAGUGAGCAGCGAGGGAUGCUUGCAGAGGGAGAGGGAUGCUCUCUUGCUUUACAAAGCCGCCAUCAAAGAUCCUUCCGACCGCUUGUCUUCUUGGCAUGCCCAAGUAGACUGCUGCGCUUGGAAUGGCGUGGUCUGCCACAACAGAACAGGCACCGUACGAGUGGCCGAGCUCAACCUUCCAAAUGACCACAAAACCAAUUGGAAGGAGUACAGUUUGAGGGGUGAGCUGCUGCAUCCUUCAUUAUUGUCUUUAACUCAUUUGCAAAGCUUAGAUCUGAGUUACAAUGAUUUCGAGGGCACCCAAAUUCCUCCUCUCGUUGGUUCUCUUCACAAACUCAGGUAUCUUGAUCUUACUGGGUCCAACUUCGGUGGAACCAUUCCCCCUCAUCUUGGCAACUUAACUAAUCUUCGUUAUCUUGAUCUCAACUCGUAUUAUAAUUCUGCCAGAGUUGUUGUCCACAGCUUAGACUGGCUCUCUGGCCUCUCUUCUUUGAUUUUUUUGGACAUGUCCAGAUUGAAUCUCAGCGAUGCUUCCCCUAAUUUGCUAUCAGCGGUCAACAUGUUACCUUCCCUACAACAUUUACAACUACCUCGUUGUUACAUUAAUAAUGUCCCUCUUUCUCUUAAUUUUCAUCUCAACCUCACUUUUCUCAGGACUCUUGAUCUUGGUUAUAACAACUUCUACUCUCCUUUUCCUAACUGGUUGUGGAAUCUCACAAGCCUCUCGUCUCUUCAAUUUGAAAACUCAAAAAUUCAAGGGAGGCUGCCAACUGAAAUUGGCAACUUAAUUGGCCUUACAUAUCUUGAUCUUUUUUUAAAUUUUCUCUCUGGUCCCCUACCCGAUACGUUUUGGAAAUUGAAGAAUCUAAAAUUCCUCGACCUGAGCUUUACUUUACUUGGAAAUUCUUUGUUAAUGGGGAUUAUGAAUCUAUCAAGCUUAUCAACACUGCGCCUUAAUAAUUGUUCACUAAUUGGUCCAAUACCCAGUGAAUUAGGAAAUUUAACUACUUUAAAUACAUUAUCUCUCGAAUCUAAUUUACUUUCUGGAUUAAUACCACAUGAGAUUGGGAAGCUAGUCGACUUAGAGUCUCUUGACCUGUCCCUUAAUUCCUUUGAGGGUGACAUUACUGAGAUCCACCUUUCCAACCUAACCAAACUAAAGGAGGGUUCACUUCUUGAAUAUAUUAAUUUGGGAAACAAUAUGUUUUUUGGAGAAAUUCCAAGCUCUCUUGGCAACUUGAUGAAACUGGAGUUCUUGCACUUGAAUAAUAAUAAUCUAAAAGGGCAUCUUCCAUUAUCAUUACAAAAUUGCACUCGGCUAUUGGUUGUUGAUCUCGGUGAUAAUAAAUUCUCUGGAAAUAUACCUUUAUGGAUUGGACAAAGUUGGCAACAGUUGCGCAUUCUUCGAUUGCGCUCAAAUAUGUUCAAUGGCAGUAUUGAUCCACAACUUGGAUAUUUAUGGGAUUUGCAAAUCAUUGACUUUGCAAAUAAUAAAUUAUUAGGGGCAAUACCACAUUCCUUUGGAAAUCUAAACAUAAUGAUUUCGACAUCAGUUGAACAACUUCCUUCCUUUGAUUUUGGAAUGAGAAUACUAGAAGAAACCAAAAUAUUUAGCGGAAGUGAAAGCAUUACUUUAGUCACAAAAGGAGAGCAAUCUACUUUUUCAUCUAUUCUCUAUCUUGUGAAAAGUAUAGACCUUUCAAACAAUGAAUUGACAGAUGAGAUUCCUGAAGAAUUGGGAUAUCUUGUUGGACUCCACACUUUGAAUUUAUCAAGAAACUACUUCAAAGGCAAGAUACCAUAUAGCAUCGGUAGAAUGAGUUCAUUGGAAACUCUGGAUUUAUCCUUUAAUAAUUUAUCAGGGGCUAUUCCUCAAGGUUUGUCACAACUAAAUGCUCUGAGCCAUUUGAAUUUGUCUUAUAACAACCUAUCAGGAAACAUUCCCUUUGGGAAUCAGCUUCAAACAUUAGAUGAUGCAUCCAUUUAUAUUGGUAAUUCUUAUCUCUGCGGAAACUUAGUAAACAAGAGUUGCUUUCAUGGGAACGACACCAAUGCUACCAGCGAGGAAUAUGGCACAGCUCAAAGAGAAGAGGAUCGGCAGCUUUGCUGCUCGCGUGAGGAGGAGAAGAAUCUCACCGGCUGCUGGUUCAAUGGAGAAGAGGAGAUCGCCGACUGUGUGGCCUACGUGAGGGAGGAGGGCAGGCGGCUGUGGCUCGAGAGAAGAAGAGGCCGGCGAAGGUGA